CAUACAGUGUAUAUAGGCCUAGCGGGUGAGACUAGAAUUCAAUAGUUUGACCUAACCUAGUGGGUAAACCUAUAGGGUGUUCGUAUGUGCAUUCGGAUUCCACCUAACCAAGCGUUACCGCAUAGCAGGUGACUCAAAACGAUAUAGUAAUGUGUGUAUAGCAAGGGUUUUCUAUAAUGACACAAGUAAUAUUACAUUGUGAUGACAUUUAAGUAUUGGUAGUAUAAACUAUGGAACCGUCGAUGUUAUAUUUACUCACUUUAUUUAUAAUAACUGGACAGAAUGUGGUACAUUCAGAAAUCAUGAUAGCAAUUGCUGAGCCCGGAAGAGCUGAUAUCCGGACAGCCCCCUUGUCAAAUGUAUCCCUUGCAACUUAUAUAGAGAUAGACGAUGCUGUUACGAGCAUAGAGUUCGACAAUGUAGACGGUCGAUUUUAUCUGGGAACUGGUAUAAAUAUAUUUUCAACAGGAAUAAAUGGAAAAGAGAAGACUGAGCACAAACUCGAAGUAACCAGUAUGUCCAUUGACAAUCAAUAUGGUCUUCUAUUUUAUACCAGUAAUAACAAUAUAGGAGUUAUGUCCCUUUACGAACAUUUUCAUAAAAUCAUUAUCAAUGACAGCGACAUUAAAGUGGGAGAAAUAGCAGUAGACACUGAUAAUAAACAUAUAUAUUGGAUAAACAAGGCAGACAAUGCAAUAGAAAGAAAUGUGUAUAAUGGAUCAUCUCGAGAAAUAGUUGUGGAAACGAAAGCAAAGGGAUUAGUUAUAGAUACCAAAGAAGAUAUAUUAUAUUAUGGUAUGGACGGUAUGUUAAAGAGUGUUAAUUUAAAUGGUAAAGAUGAAAAGAUAUAUUAUAACAAUACUGAUGGUCAGACGAUAUCAUCUCUACAACUAUACGAUGGUAUAAUGUACAUGAUACUUACAGAUGGAACAAAUUCUACAUUGAUGUCGUACGAUAUUAAAGCGAAUGUAUCUACGGUGUUAGUACAAGAAACAGCUCAAAUAUUUUCUGAUGUAGUUGUAUAUAAUACAGUACUACAGGAUUUAGUUGAUAAUGAAUGUACUGUUAAUUAUGGUGAUUGUAAUUAUUUUUGCUUGCCAUUACCUAACGGGAAGACUUGUAUUACACCUGAUGGACAAGUUGAUCCUAUAGAUAUAGAAAUAGUCACAUUGAAACCAGAUCCUACCAUUACCCGUAAACCAGAAAUUCCACCAACAGAAAAACCCCAAACCCAGAACUCAAUUAAUGGUUGUGUUAGACAAACAUCAGAGAAGUUAUCAGUUAUCUUUAUAUCCAUCAGUAUCUACGCGUUGGCCAGUAUUUUGUAACCAAGAUUUCAUAAUUUUAUAUAUUUGUUAUUAUUUUAUAUCAAUCAAUAUAUUUUUCCUAAUCGUUUAUAUUGAUGUGGCGCUUUUUAAAAAAAAUAUCUCAUUUGUAAUUAUGUUAAAUUCCCGUCACCUGUAUUCUCUGAUGUAUAUUAUUUUUAUCUUCAAAGAAAGUGUGUGAACAACUUGUAAGCUCAAUAUAUUUGUAAAUAAAACAAAUCAUUUUUUU